GACGCUGCGGGCCCCGCGCUGCUCGGGCCUCGGCGGGGAAGCGCGGGUGGCUCGGAGAGUCCGCGGGGGCGGUUGGCGACCCGCGGCCGCCUGGGCCCGCGGAGGCGGGAGGCGGAGUCCGGCAGAUCCGGCCGCGCGCCAGCCUCGUGGUCCUCCAGCCAGAUCUAGGCCUGCCCCAGGGGAUCCCCACCCCUGGCCCUCUCUUCCCCUCACUCACUGCCCCUCGAAGACCUAGACUUAGUGACAGUGACGAAAAGGGCUGUGCUUUGGGAGGGGGCGGGUCUUUAUCUUCUCUGAAUUCUGGCUGCUGCUCUGGGCCUGCAACUCGCUGCCGGGGACCCAGGAUCCAGCACUGGCAGCCGCGGGCCUCCUGGUCAGGCCCAGAUGGGGGCGCGCCUGACAGUGGUCACUGCUGCCUGGGUCAGCCUCCCUGUGCUCCCGGCCUGGGGCUUCUGCCUUCAAACCACUUUUUGAGACAACCCCCACCUCCAGGAACUCACUUCUCAUUCUGACCUCCUAGGGGGAUGCCUGGGGAGGGGGCCGAGUUUAUGUACUGGGGAUGGGAGGUGGGGUCCUGUAUCCACUCUUCUUUCCCUGCAGUCCAUCCUUCUGGUUCCUGUCCGCUCCAGCCUCCAGUGCAUCAUGCUUCCUCUUGCUGUCUGUGAUCCAGCCCCUCUGGCUUACUCAGCCCAUUCCUUCCUGCCUCGUGCCCUUUGCACAAGCUGUUCCUGCUGUCUAGGGUACCCUCUCCCACUCCCUUACCUUGCCUGAGUUAGCUUCUAGGGGAAGUGACCCAUCAGACUAAAUCAGCAUUUCCUACUGUAAAUGCUUUCAGAGUUCCUUGUACUUCCAUGCUGUUAUCAUGGUUGUAAUUUGGCGUUUGUGUGUGUGAUCGUUUAACUCUUUCCUCCACUAGACUGCUCUGUGAAGGCAGAGUCCUUGUGCAUUGUUCACUCCUGCAUUCCCAUUGCUUAGUGGAGCAUGUGGCAAUCACCCAUUAUGUUUCUGUGGAGUGAGUCACACACGCCACACACUCUGAAAGAUGAAUGAAGCUUCGGGGGGCAGAUACUCAAGUGCCAUGGCCUCUUUGACCCUGCCCCAGGUCACUGCCAGAAAAUAUCUGGGGUUGGAGGUGAAGGAUCUGAGAACACGGUACUCCCUCAUCUAGCCUGGAAGUCAGCCUCUUACUCCAAGACCCUGAUCUCACUCUCAUAACUGCCAGCAGGUCUCUCGGCCUGGACGCGUGGAUGACCGCACACCGAACCUCAUGGAGGCUGUGACAUUUGGCGAUGUGGCUGUGCACUUCUCGCGGGAGGAGUGGCAGUGUCUGGACCCUGGCCAGAGGGCCCUCUACAAGGAAGUGAUGCUGGAGAACCACAGCAGCGUGGCCGGACUAGGAUUCCUGGUCUUCAAGCCUGAGCUGAUUUCCCGGCUGGAACAAGGACAGGAGCCCUGGGUCCUCGACCUGCAGGGAGCAGAGGGGAGAGAGGCAACGAGGGCCUCCCAGACAGGUUCCACGAUUGGGACUGAUGGAGAGCAGGCCUGUGAGGACGUGGAUGUUGUCAAAUCAGGAUCCCAUGUGGCAAGGGUAAGAACUCCUCCGCAGGAUUUUCCUCAGAGUCCUGGCUUUGGAGGCACCUCUGAUUCAGAGGUCUGGUCAGAGAGUCAGCCAGGCUCCUGCUUCCAGAAGAGCUGCUUGAACACGGGGACUGUGGUUCCCAGGAAGACCUUUGUCCAGGAGGAGGCCCAGGGGUAUGAUGGGCUGGGCAGCAGCACCCACCUGAACUGUCAGCCUGAUAAAAGUCAGGGGUCCUCCCGAAGGUGCAGCAUGUGUGGCAGGAGGUUCAGAGCUGCUUCAGGUGUUGCUCUGCAUCAGGAAAUUAACACACAGAAGAAAUCUAACCCAUGUCAAGAGUGCCAGAAAAAAUCAUCUGAUUGCUCACAGGGGAGACAUCAAAGUAACUUGCAUGGAGAGAAGCCAUAUGAAUGUGAGGAGUGUGGGAAAGCUUUCCGGCUGUGCUCACAGCUUAGUCAGCAUCAGAGAAUCCACACUGGAGAGAAGCCAUUCAAAUGCACUGAGUGUGGAAAAGCCUUUCGCCUGAGCUCAAAACUUAUUCAGCAUCAGAGAAUUCACACUGGAGAGAAGCCCUACAGGUGUGAGGAAUGUGGAAAAGCCUUUGGUCAGAGCUCUAGCCUCAUCCACCAUCAGAGGGUCCACACGGGAGAGAGGCCCUAUGGCUGCCGGGAGUGUGGGAAGGCCUUCAGCCAGCAGUCUCAGCUGGUCAGGCACCAGAGGACUCACACGGGAGAGAAGCCCUACCCAUGCCGGGAGUGCGGGAAGGCCUUCAGCCAGAGCUCAACCCUAGCUCAGCACCAGCGGAUGCACGCUGGGGAGAAACUGCAACUGCCAAGAACCCCGGAUGGUCCCAGCCUCCUUGCGCCUCAGAGGACCCAUGCUACAGAGAAACCAUUUAAGUGUGGCGAGUGUGGGAAGGCUUUCAGGUGGGUCUCCCGCCUUAGUCAGCAUCAGCUGACUCACACCGGAGAGAAACCCUACAAAUGCAACAAGUGUUCGAAAGCCUUUGGUUGUAGCUCACGGCUUAUUCGCCACCAGAGAACUCACACUGGAGAAAAACCAUUUAAAUGUGAAGAAUGUGGGAAAGGCUUUGUCCAGGGCUCACACCUCAUUCAGCAUCAGAGAAUCCACACUGGAGAGAAGCCCUAUGAGUGCAGUGAGUGCGGGAAGGCCUUCAGCCAGAGCUCCAGCCUCAUCUACCAUCAGAGAAUCCACAAAGGGGAGAAGCCCUAUGAGUGCCUCGAGUGUGGAAAAGCCUUCAGUAUGAGCACACAGCUCACGAUCCAUCAAAGGGUUCACACCGGGGAGAGGCCCUAUAAGUGCAGCGAAUGUGGGAAAGCCUUCAGUCAAAACUCCACCCUUUUCCAGCACCAGAUCAUUCACGCGGGAGUGAAGCCCUACGGUUGCAGUGAGUGCGGGAAGGCCUUCAGCCGGAGCUCCUACCUCAUCGAGCACCAGCGCAUCCACACUCGGGCCCAGUGGUAUCAUGAGUACGGGAAUGCCCUGGAGGGGCCUAACCACGUAAGCCGUAAGAAGGUUAAUACUGCCAAGAAACUGCAUAAAUGUAGUGAAUGUGAGAAAAUAUUCAGGUGGCGCUCACAUCUAAUCAUACAUCAGAGAAUUCACACUGGAGAGAAACCUUAUAAAUGUAAUGAAUGUGGCAAAGCUUUUAAUCGCAGCUCAAGGCUUACUCAGCAUCAGAAAAUUCACAUGGGAUAGACCUCUCACCUUUGCAAAUGUGUCUAAAUGUGAUUAUACAUACAGCCUUAACUUACUUUAUGUGGGAUCAUUUGUCCUGACGGUUCAGAAUGCUGGGAACAAGCCAGACUUGCUCUCUUAGGAAAGGGAAUGUCCAUCCAGAUUCGUACAAGCUGUGUGUUUAUUGCUGGCAUGUCUGACCUCACCGCCUUCAGUAAAGCCUGUGUCCCUCACAUCCGGGUGCGCACAUGCCGCAUCUUGAGUUCACAGUGGACGAGGAAGAGGCAUGAGGAAAGCCCCGUGAGAAGUUAGCCAGAAUGUCUUCCUUAAGCACUGCUCGCUCAGACUGCCCUCAGCAGCUUGUGUUAGCAGCAGUGCACAGGGUGCUAAACUCCUUUCUCCGCCUCCUUUGAGUCUCAUCCCCCAGCAGAGCAGCCCAGGGGGAGGCCAGCCAGCGCAGCUGCCUUUGAUGGAGCGAGACCUGCGGAGCAGCACCUGGGCUGGGGACAGGGCCAUCCGCCCUCCCCAAAUCCAGAGCCUAGCUGCCCAUCUGAGCAGGAGUUAAAUGGGCAGCCCCUUGCAUCACAUAGCCUCUGCCAUCCCAGCCCCACAGGAGCCUCGCGUCCGCCCAGGGUUGCCUCUCAGAGGCCAGGACGUGGAUUGUUUAUUGCUGCUGACCGGACUUCCUCAGAGCUCCAGCCGCCAGAGCUGGGAGGUGUGCAGGCAGACACGGGAGCCUGCACCUUUUCUCGGAGGCGGCGGUAGGUGGAGGCAACCGCUCACCAGGCGUCGGCAUGGGUGCGAGGGUCCCCCGCAGGCUUCCAGGAGCACCAGGUGUACAUCAGCCGGGAAACAGCUUUCGCCGUGAACAAGACCAAGCCCCUCCAUGGGGAGCCAGCGGGGUGGGGGCAUCGCCUCAUCUCCAGGUUUUCUCUGCCCGCACAGCCUGGAGAAACGGCCUGGGUACAGGGUUCAGGGCCACGUGGCCUCCUUGGCACGCACGGUAAGAAUGUGCAGGGAAGACCUCUGCUCUAUCAGCUGCUCUGGUUAAUCUGCCUCAUGGGCUGGGACCAUGCAGAGCCUCACGGGCGAUCUAAUUAAGGCUCCAAGCCACAGGAUGAGCUGCCCUGCAGCGCUGACUCCAGCCCUUCCCCGGGGUCCUGGACUCACCAGCUGAGGCUUGGGACCAGGAGUCUUAUUUGGACAGGCUGUAACCCUGAGGGGCGAAGGUCACUUCAGGAUCUAUUGCAACACUGUUUGGGUCACUGUCACGUUGGUUUGGUUAAGCCCACGGGCAGGUCCUCAGAACACUGCAGCCUCGAUCACUGUGUGUGACGUGGCCCAAAAGCAGCCUGUGGGUUUGUAUCACGUGAAACAGGUGCUGCUCCCUGUGUGCCUGGAUGUGUGUGUGGGGGGUGUCUGGAGCUCUCUGGUUGUGUUGGAACAGCAGAGUUCAGGAUGGUCGAGUCCACGUGAGUUUGUGUUUGGUGUGUGGGCAGGGACGCCAACUCUGAAGCGGGUCAGCCAGAUUGCCAGCUGCUGCUGCUUAGCCUGGCACUAGGAUGCUGGUUCCCAGGCUGCAGCACCAUUUCUCGGGAUGAGGACUGACCCCCAACCUGCACCUGCACCUUCAGAGGAGUUCCCUCCCUGGGUGCGAGGCACCGCGAAACAGAUCAGUGUGCCCACUUGAGUAGCUGUGACCCUGUCUCCCUGGCCACCCCUGCUCCACCCAGAACUUGCGUCCAGAGGGUCAGCACACAAGGUCCCGGGAUGUCUACAGACUCUGCAGAGACUGGGGACCUCCUGUCUCCGCCAUGGCUGCUGUGCUCAGCCAGGUGGUGGACAGGUGGGCACAUCUGAGUGGCCGCAAGUACUUUAGGCUUAUGAGCCACCCCAAAAUGGGACAAGAGUCAAGGUCCUGGGUGGACCUGCCACAUGCCUGCCGUCCACUGGCACCUGGCACUGGCCUGUGCUGGCAGGACCUCCUGAGGCCCUACCCCCUCGCCACCUCCCGGCCCGUGCACCCUCAGAAGGCGGUCUGUCACUGGAUGCACUGUCCCCACAAGGGAAUCGCCUCCUCCUGGCCACUACCUGGUAAUGACAGAGAGGAGGAGGGUUGCCUGGACCCCCUAUUCUGCCCUGAGAAGGAUGUUUCUCUUUCCCCUGGCAGCACCUGCGGGCCGCCCCAAAGAGGCCUUAAGUCUCCUUCAGGUCCUGGAUUCUCUGCACUCACACAGCCUAAGUCUGGGACUGGCCGACUGCAGCCUGGGGGCCAAACACAGUCCGCCACCUGCUUUGUGAGGCCGGGUACAGUCACCAGCUGAGGCCAGCAGUCUGGGCCGCCCUAAAGCCAGUCAGUCCUGUAAAUGCGCCCAUCCAAGAAAACGGGCUUUCCCCAGCAGGGCAGCUGCUUCUGCUGCAGCCAGUGCCACAGUGUCCUCGCUUUGCUUCAAGGUCUCCUGUUGGGAGGGCGCUCCUUAUCACUUUGCCCACUUCCCACCCAUUUGCUCAAGUGAAUGUCAGCAUUUCAGUGAAAUCUGGCUUGCCUUUGACAGACCUGAGAGCCAAGAGUGGUUUGUACGGUUUUAAGCAGGUGGGGGAGAAGAUGACUGUUUUGCAACCCUUGAAAAUUACACUGAAACCGGGCUUCACGUAACCAGGUAAAGGUCCCUGGGGCGCAGCUGGCCCAGGGGUUUGCGAGCUGCCUCUGGCAACAGGCCACGUCACCACCCUGGCUGGCCCUGCCUCCUUAACUUGGGUCAAAAUUUCAUGCCUCUAGGCUUUGAGGGAUUCUUUUCCCUCUCAGUUCUCAGUGUGGUUUGUGCAUUGAAAUGUCCCAGUACAGCCAAGAAUCCAAUGGAAGUAAAGCUGAAGUCCUGCACUCCAGUCUGGAAUAUCGGCUGCACUAGUAUGCCGGGGCAGGGGAUGGCCCUUCCUUAGCUCAUCUGUGUGAAGGCGCCCGGUAUUUGUGUGCCAGUUGGUGAGCUGUGAAUUCAAGCCCUGCACGGGUUUAAGAUCCCGGCACACACGUGGGGCGUGCUGGUCCCUCUGCAGAGGGAGAGGAGAGGGCUCCGUGCCAGGUGGGGCACGUUCUGGAAUAUUCUGUUCUACUUGGAAGCUAUAUUUCCCAAUUUGGGCUUCAGUAAAUGCAACAAUAAACUCCUUUUAAGAAUUUCCUGAAUUCUUUCAGAGUAGAUUUUUAAAUACUUUAGCUUUCUCUUUUGGAGACAAUAAAUUAAACCCAUAAUUUUAACCUGAAGUUGCUUUUUAUCUCAUUACCAGAUUAAGCUUUGAUUUAUGACAUUUUGGGGUUCCUGGAAGCCUCACAAACACAGUGGUGGUGGGGUGUGUGCAGAGCCCAGGUGAUCUUUUACAUCUUUAUGUCCCCAGUGCAUGUGGCUUGCACUCAGCCUGGAAAAUGUUUGUUGAAUGGGUAAAUGAUGCGUUGGGGCUUUAGAGCCCCACAGAAGAGAGAGUCUUCCAGCAUCAAGAAUUUCCACAGAGAUCUAAAUAAAGUCAAUAAAACGGGAGUGGUUUUCCAGGAGCAAGGUCUUACUCAGGCCUGGGACGAAGGUGGGUGGGGCUGGCCCCUCGCCUCAAGUCCAGGUCCAGGGUGGAGGCUGACCACAGAUGAAGGUGGACAGUCCCUCUACAGCCUGGGGGCACCUUGGCCACCCCAGCCUGGUGAGAGCCCUGCUGAGGGGUAUGCAGCAGUUACAGCCACCGCCCACCCGCCACCUGGUUUUGUACGGCCCUGGUAUUUAAAUGGUUGAAACAUAAUUUUGUAACAUGAAAUUAAAACUUCAAUGUCCAUGAAA